AUGUAUGUGUGCCAUACACAGCAGACGACCAGUUUAGCUGAGACGUUAGAAGUUCGUCGAUGUUCGAACGAUUAUACGUCAAAAGGACCGCAGUAGCAUACGCUAUCACGGUCAUGAUUAAAUACAAACUCGCAUUGCCGUGUUGUUGUUGUUGUUUCGUUUAGUGAAAACAAAUUGCUGUGCUUUGCCGUUGAAAAGUGAAUGUCUCAAACUCGAAUCAGUUUGUGUUGUGCUGCUGUGAUCGUCACAUCUUGUUGUCAAGAAAUGCUUCGCGAGAGGUGACAGUGAACAAAACUAUGUGCUAUCCUCUCAACAAAAUACAUCGAAUCGAAUUUGUUCCAAUGAUAACGAUAAAACAAAAACGGUGAUCUACACAAAUAUUACCAGAAAUGCAGCAUAAAAUAAGAAUAACCAUCGUUUAAGUGAAUUUAAUUUUAAUUUAAAGCAAAAUGGAAUCGAAUCAUUGUAAACUCCCACCGAAUCCACGAGAAAGUGCGAACAUUCUGUCGAUCGUAUUUUUCACAUGGACUUUGCCGCUAUUUAAAAAAGGUUAUGAAAAAAUACUCAAACUCGGUGAUAUUUUCCAACCGUUGACUAGUGACAAAUCUGAUAAACUUGGUGAUCGAUUAGAAACAAAUUGGAAUAAACAAACAUCAAAACCCAGACACCGAUCUCUGUUGACUGUGAUCUUUGUCACGUUUUGGAGAGACUAUGCAUUUUUAGCGUUUUUAUGCUUUUUCAAUGACAUUAUUUUGCGACUGGGACAACGAUUUCUAUUGGGAUAUUUGCUUCAGUACUUCCGUGCACAUCCGACAAUAACAUACGAUGAGGCGAUCUACUACGCCGUUGGCAUUUUGACGCUGAAUGCGCUGAAUGCUAUUUUGAGUAAUCAUAUCAUGUUCAUCUCGUUCCACUAUGGCUUGAAGGUUCGAGUGGCUGUGUGCAGUUUGAUCUAUAGAAAGUCACUUCGGCUUUCACAAACCGCUUUAGGCGAAACAGCACCGGGAAAAGUCGCAAAUUUACUAUCAAAUGAUGUGAAUCGAUUCGAUCAGUUUUCAUAUUUUCUCAAUUCAUUGUGGAUAUCACCAUUGCUCACGGUUAUCGUUGGUUGCUUGCUGUGGCACGAAGUCGGUGUUGCUGGCAUUUUUGGAAUAGCCGUUGUUUUGACCAUCGUUCCCAUUUUAAGUUACGCCGGCAAAUUAACUUCAAAAUAUCGUCUUCAGACUGCACUGCAAACGGACGAGCGUCUACGAUUCAUGGAUGAAAUAAUAAGCGGUGUGCAAGUGAUCAAAAUAUAUGCAUGGGAAAAACCGUUUGCCAAACUCAUCACUUUCGCUCGACAAAUGGAAUUGAAGGCUCUACGGAAAACAUAUUACAUUCGUGGAUUUCACAUGGUUUUCAUUUUAUUCACAACGCGAAUGGCUUUGUUUUGCACAAUGCUGACCAUUAUUUUACUAUACGGCACCGAUCAUAUUACCGCUGCCAAAAUAUUUGUCAUUACAUCGUACUUUGGAGUCAUCGCUCACAUGAUGUCGCAAAGGUUUACCCGUGGCAUUACUGAAUGUGCCGAGGUCAUGGUUGCUUUGGAGCGAUUGGAAACAUUCAUGUACUUGGAUGAAAAGAAAACCGAAGCAAAUGACGACAAGAAAACACAAAAGAAUGGAGUCAAAAAUUUGAGCAGGAAUGGCGAGAAUCGCACUAAAAUGCGCACAAAAUGUGCGCUGCAAACUGAGCUGCCAAAUGACAAAGUAUCCAUUUCAAUGCGAAAUGUUACAGCUACUUGGGUAUUACCGAAUUUAGACGACUUAAGUUGCAAAUCCAAAGAAAAGAAAGGCAUAAAUCAAAAUAAGGUCACCACAAAUAACAAUGUACAUCAUUGUGGUGGAGCAGAUGCUCAUCUGAGCGAUUUGAACUUUGAUUUUCCCAAAGCGCGACUGAUCGGUGUAAUUGGCCCGGUUGGUGCGGGAAAAUCUUCGCUGCUACAAGCGAUUUUACGUGAGCUACCGCUGCAAGCAGGUUCGAUUAAUGUAAAUGGAUCGAUCUCUUAUGCGAGUCAAGAGCCAUGGGUGUUUGCGGCAUCGGUGAGACAGAAUAUUUUGUUCGGCGAGGAAUACGAUCGUGAGCAUUACAAUGCUGUGAUACGCACUUGCGCUUUGGAAAAAGACUUUGAACAAUUUGAAAACGGAGAUCUGACGAUUGUUGGAGAGAGGGGAGCAAGUCUCAGCGGUGGCCAGAAAGCGCGUAUAAAUUUAGCACGAGCUUGUUAUCGCAACGCAGAUAUUUACCUGUUUGACGAUCCAUUGAGUGCAGUCGAUGCGCACGUUGGAACUCACAUUUUUGACAAAUGCAUAGGACCGAAGAGUCGUCUAGCAAAACAGAGCGCUACUCGAGUUUUGGUCACACAUCAGGUGUAUUUUUUGAAAGAAGCAGACUGGAUCAUUCUUCUAAAAGAUGGAAAAAUUGAAGCACAAGGAACGCCGGUUGAUUUGGCUCACAAUGGAGUCGAUUUUGCUGAACUUGAAGAAAUUGUCGAGCAAUUGGAAGGUGCUGAAAAUGUGCGAAAAAUCAGCCAACAAAUGUCACGGAAAUCAUCGACUCAAUCUGCAUACUCUGUAAAUAGUCGUACGGACAAAUCUGAAUCUGAGGAUGAAGAGGAUGGAAACAGUGACGAAGACGUGGGCAUACUAAUGGAAGCCACCUCAAAAGGAGCAGUCAAAGGAUCCAUUUCAUGGAAUUACUUCAAAACAGGAGCUCACUGGUCGAUCAUAAUCUCUUUGUUUUUCUCGUUUUUUCUUGUUCAAUUCAUAGCAAGUGCAAUCGACUAUUGGGUUUCCGUGUGGACCAAGCAAGAAGAAGCACGUACAUACCAAAAAACGCAUGCCCAAACAAAAUUCUAUGGUUCCGAACAUUCAGUUUCAUUCAGCACAAACUUUUGUAUCAUCGUUCAAGGAUCGCUAAUUUCAGCACUUCUCAUACUUGGGAUUGCAAGAUCUUACGGAUUUUAUGCGAUUUGCGUUCGAAUUUCACAAAAGCUUCACGAUGCAAUGUUCAAAGGAAUAAUUUCGACAACAAUGCGCUUCUUUGAUACAAAUCCAUCAGGUCGAAUCUUGAAUCGAUUUGCAAAAGACAUCGGUGCCAUUGAUGAGCAUUUACCCAAAUCUAUACUCGAUGCCACGCAGAAUAUGCUGUCGAUGUUCGGUUUGAUCAUCGUGACAACCGUAGUCAAUCCAUAUUUUCUGAUUCCGGUCUUGAUCUUAAGCAUUCUUUUUAUUUACAUUCAACAAGUUUAUUUGAAAACAUCGAAGAAUGUCAAACGAUUGGAAGGAAUCACUAAAUCGCCAGCAUUCACUCAUUUGGCUGCAACUUUAAGUGGAUUGUCAACGGUUCGUGCCUACAAUGCUGAAAAGAUCUUAACGAAUGAAUUCGAUGGCCAUCAAGACACGCAUUCGGCUUGUUGGUACAUAUAUCUCGCUACACGAUCUGCAUUCAGUCUGAGUUUAGAUUUGAUAUGCUUUGUAUUCGUAUCGUGCAUUAUCUUGUACUACAUGUUAUUCGAUACGGGAGUUUCGGGUGAAAAAAUUGGCUUGGCCGUCACUCAAGCGCUGAAUUUAACUGGAGUUGUGCAGUGGGGUGUUCGUGAAUGCGCCGAAGUUAGUACUCAAAUGAUGGCUGUAGAACGUGUGCUUGAAUAUUGUGGACUAGAACCAGAAAAGCAACCAUCGAAACCAGUUACAGUUUCCAUAGAUUGGCCAUCGAAAGGAUGCAUCGAGUUUCGAAAUGUUUUCUACAGAUAUUGCGGUGAAAGUGAACCAGUCUUGCAGGGACUGUCAUUCGUCAUCAAACCAAUGGAGAAAAUUGGUAUUGUUGGCAGAACAGGGGCGGGAAAAAGUUCAUUCAUCGAAUCUCUAUUCCGUUUGGCAUGUGUCGAUGGAGAGAUUCUGAUCGAUGGAGUUGAUACCGUUAAUGUUCCAUUGAGUGACUUGAGAAAAAAUAUCGCUAUCAUUCCUCAGGAUCCAGUUUUAUUUUCGGGCACAUUGAGAAGAAAUCUAGAUCCAUUUGAAGAGUACUCGGACGCCGAUAUUUGGAGUGCAUUGGAAAGUGUUGAGCUGAAAAGUGCUGUUUCAGACGAAUUUGGUUUGGAAUCAAAAGUUUUACCGCAUGGUGCAAAUUAUUCGGUCGGUCAACGCCAACUAUUGUGCUUGGCCCGAGCAAUUUUGAGAAAGAAUCGAAUUCUGGUAUUGGACGAGGCCACUGCCAACGUUGAUCCACACACGGACCUAUUAAUCCAACAAACGAUUCGAGAAAAAUUCACUGAGUGCACCGUUUUGACCGUUGCUCAUCGAUUGCACACAAUCAUCGACUCGGACCGUGUGAUGGUAAUGGAUUCCGGGCGACCGGUUGAGUUUGACAACCCAUAUAAUUUACUACAGAACAAAAACGGCAUGUUCUACGGCAUGGUGAAAGCUCUAGGGGAACAUGAUUUCAAUCGUUUAACACAGAUUGCCGGUGACAAAGCUAAAUCUCAAUGAAGAAAUUUCGACAAUUAGUUGCUAAGAUGUAUUUGUCUGACUUGAAUCUAUUUAACCGCUUCUAUUUUUUCAUUUGAUUGUUGACAAUGAUAAUUGUAAGUAAUAAUUGACAAUUCAAAAUAUUUUUUAAUGACAAUGGAAAUUUUUAAAUUCAUGUUAAAUGUAAUCGAAUGAACUGAUUAAUGUGUUUCCAAUGAGAUUCAAAGAUCAAUCUUAAGAUUUAUCAGUGUAUAAAUAGGAACGUAAGUCUCUUUUUUACAAUUGUAGACAAAAAUAAAAUUGGUAGACGUUCAAAAAGUAACAGAGAGAAUUUUUGUAAGUAAAAUAUUACGGUAGAAUCAAAUCGCUUAAUCAAGAUAUCACUGAUUUAUUACAAUAAGUUUGUUUCCUCAGAAUUGACAAAUAAUAAUAAAAUAAACAAGAACCAA